GGAGAACGAGUGAAGUCUAAAUAAAGUUGUCAGAAUGGCUGACGAGCCUAGGGCGCCUCCGCUCCGCUUGGGAUCGAGGGCUCCCAAUUUCAAGGCUGAGACGACACUGGGCCUCAUCGACUUUCAUGAGUGGAUCGGCGACAAAUGGGCCAUUCUUUUCUCUCAUCCCGAAGAUUAUACCCCUGUAUGCACCACUGAGCUUGCGGCUCUGGCGAAAUAUGAGCCUGAGUUUACGAAGCGUGGGGUGAAAUUGAUCGGACUCUCCGCAAAUACCGUCGAGACUCAUGGCGGAUGGAUCAACGAUAUUGAUGAGAUUGCCGGCAUUACAAUGACCUUCCCCAUCAUUGGCGACAAAGACCGCAAGAUCGCUUUUGCAUAUGACAUGCUCGACCACCAAGAUACAACGAAUGUCGACUCCCGAGGAAUCGCCUUUACAAUCCGCUCAGUCUUCAUCAUCGACCCGAAGAAGACGAUCCGCCUCAUCCUCUCCUACCCCGCCUCAACCGGCCGCAACACGGCCGAACUCCUCAGAGUAGUUGACUCCCUCCAGGCCUCAGAUAAGCAUCGUGUUACGACGCCUGUCAAUUGGAACCCUGGCGAAGAUGUCAUUGUUCAUCCGAGUGUGAAGGAUGAGGAGGCGAAGACCUUGUUCCCUGAGUUCCGUGUUGUUAAGCCGUAUCUGAGGUAUACGACUUUGUCGAAGGAGGCUCUUGUUGCUUCGCGCGUGUGAAUGAGACUUCAGCUCACUUUAUUUCCUUUGCGAUUUGUUCUUGGGAGGAUAUGGGGUGUCGGGUUAGACCAGGGAAUACACGGCUCUGGUGUUUCGGCUUCCAAAUUAGACCUAAACUACAACAGGUCAGUUAUUAGGGAACAAGUAUAAGUUUGUCCUUUGUCUUCAUCACAGAAUUUUUCACCAUUUUAACUUUCUCU